GGGAUAUUCCACCGUUAGGUGGAUGUGCAGGCAAAUGUGAAGAAAUUAUGGAAUGUGGACAUAAAUGUCCUUUGGACUGUCAUAUAUAUCCACAUGAAAAUCGAGUUGAAUGUUGGGGACCAUGUAUGCGAAAGUUUCCAUGUGGGCAUGAAUGUACGAGAAAAUGCAGAGAACCGUGUGGACAUUGUGAUCAAACUAUUUCGAUUGAUCCACCUUGUGGGCACUCAAGAGAAGUUCCAUGUUAUUUGAUCAAAGCGCCUGGCAAGUAUCGAUGUACAGAAAAGUGCACUAAAAAAUUAAAAUGUGGACAUCAGGUGAUUAAAAGAAGAUUGAAAAGAUUUAAAAGAUUUAAUAUUGAUAAAAAGGGCAAAGAUUUGAGAAGAUUUUUUUUAAGAAGGAUUAUGGCACCAAAAAAAAUGAGCAAAUUUAAUGCGAAAAUAUAUCCAUUAUCAAAAACGGAAUUUCUUUCAGGAGAGAGUAUAGAAAAUAUGACACAUUUAUCAAGUAAUAAUACGCCAGAAAUAUAUUCCACGAAAGAUAAAGUUUUAAAAAAUACAAAUGAAAUAUUUAAAUAUCCGAAACAAAAUGAAGAUUUAAACUGGAAACAAUCAUUUAAUAUUUCACCAGUACUGACCGUGUUCCCGGAAUCGUGUUCCGAUAAUGAUGAUAAUAUCACGACAACUACCAACUCGUAUCCCGUGACACCGACUACUUUAACGGCGUCACCGGUACCAUUUUCGCUCGUUCAAAAUUAUGAUGAAGAUGUUACGGCACUUUCUCUUAAGCACGAAAAUAAUAAUCGACCUAUAACGCCACCACUUGAAAAAGAACAAAGUAAAACUAAACGCCGUAAUAAAAGAACACGAGAAGAAUACCUCGCGAAAUAUAAAUUACCUAUUAAUGGAAUCGCAACUAGAACACGAAACCGAACACAAAAUAAUGUUACAGUUGAACAACAAGGGAAUGAAGAAAAUUUUAGAAAUCAAGUUACCCUUGGAUAUUUCCUUGAACGUGCCGCUCCAAUUCCGGAACUUUAUUCCGGAUCUUUUAUUAAUGAUAAUUUAUGUAGACCAAUAAAACGGAUAUGUAUAGGAGGGCCUAAUCGACCAAACACGGAAGAUGCCGAUAAACACAAUCCAAAUUAUCCGAUUCCAAUAUCAAAAGAAGAAGUAAGAAAAAGAUGGACUACGGAUAAUCAAAAAAUAUUUCUUGCGACAUAUUUAUGUAACGGAAAAGAUUUUACUAGUAUUGCGCAGAAAACCGGCAAGAAAUCAUCGGAAGUAGUAGAAUAUUAUUAUAUGUUUAAACAUGAUAAAGAUUUUAGAGCUGCUAAAGAAAUGAUAAGAGAAAAUCAUGCUUAUGAAGAAUAUCUUGGAUCAAUUGAAGCAGAAAUGAAAGCAAUUGAAAAAAUGGCUCAAUCUUAUGCGCCAAAAUUUGCUGGGAAGAAAAAAGUAUCUACAAAUGCCAAUAUGUGCGCAAUAUUUACGUGUGACGAAAUUACUAUCGCAGUAAGU